GAUCCAACUUUUGCCAUCACUCAAUUUUGUGCGAUCUGUCCAGUGCUCCACCUCGCAGUCCUGAAGAACAAUCAAAAUAACCCAUCGACACAGGGAAGAGAAACUGAUAGACGUGGUAAAAAUGGAAGUGGGUAUGUCUUUGAACGCACUGAUUCGUCUACCAAUGUCGAAUUCAAGAACAUACGACGAAACCCUUAUUAGACAUUCCUUUGUCUCCUCACGAGCAUCCCAAAAAUCCCUUCAGGAGCCGAAACGACAACACCUACUGGUAAUUGAAGCCAAGGGAAAGAAAGGGAUGAUGUCUCGUCAGUUUCAACGCCCGCCACCUCCCCCUUUGCCCAAGAUGGAAGACGAUGGCAAUCCUAAAUUUGUUGUCUUCAUCCGCAUGGCCAACGUAAAUCUAUGGUAUCCUCUUAGUAUUAUAACUGGAGGUACAACUGCAAAGAUUAUGGUAUCAGCAAAAGAUAACUUUUUGGGAAAAUAUAUUUACAAAGACACCCUUAGUAGGAAUCUUGCUGCUGUUAUUUACAGAGAUGAGAAGGAGGUACAGAAGACGGCGGUUAAGCAACACAAAGUGUUGAGAACAGCAACUGAGUUUAGAUAUGGCUACAAGCUUGUUGAAAAUAACAAUGUUAGAUCAGCACUUACCUCUUCAGGUGUUAUCGAGCUCCCAACACAAGACAAGCUAAAGACAGUACUUGAUAAAGUGAAGGACUUCUUUGGGGAUGCUAAGGAAUCUUUUGGGAAGCUCACAGCUCUAAAUUCUGCAGAGACUGAGGAUGAAAAACCCAGUGUUAAAAGUUGAAUAUGAAGAACAUUGGAGCAUAAAGCAACAAAAGGAGGGGAUGAUUCUGCCAGCAUAAGUUUUGUCCAUGAAUCAAUAUAUGCUAUGCUUGCAUGAAUAUCUUGUAUUGUAUCAUGUCAAUCUUAAUUCCUAACUACUUCCAAGCUAAAAAGAUUUUCAUCGAAUCCAACAAAAUGGAGUUUUGUGCAUAUGAAGAAACCACUAUUGAUGAUACACUUGAUAUGAAGAACAUCAUUGUCUUAUGUAAUGAUUUGGCAUCAAGAUGUGUAAUAUGUUGAUAAAUUUAGUAUGUUCUUAUAUUAGGGCAUUUGC